AAGUUUGUGUUACCGGCUCGAUUUUCGAACGUGGGAGCCAAUCGGUACGAAGAACUAAGAAGGUUGAGCCGGCGGAGCCAAUCGUCACGAGGGUCAACUCGAGCGGGAGAACGGACGAACGUGCAACCUCCCAACUUCACAAACCGCUUCCUAACAAUCGUCAAUCAGUAAACAAAUAACAAACCCCGUUGCUGUGUUCUCGACGUCGCUUCCUCUGCUUCCAAAGCGUUUGAAGACGGAAUCCUUCGCCGCCCCCUUUCCACAGAUAACAUUUAUAAUAUAAAUACUUAGAAUGGACGAAGAAUGGGAUUUUAUGGUCCCUUUACAAAAGGAGGAUUUACAGAAAGAGGAAAGCGGACAGUAUGUCGUCAGAGAAGUAUACAGUAGUGCAGAAGCAUUUAAGAGACUCAAAGAUGUCAAAAAAGAUCUCAAAAACAAAAAUUGUCCAGUGAUUCUUAAACAAUUUGACUCUGUGUACUCCAUUUUUUGUGAUAAUGAAAUAACAAUUUUACAACUCCAGGAAGUAUUUGAUUCUGUUAUCGAACACUUGGUCUCGACAUUGAGAGAUUAUGUCGAAGAUGCUUUAAAUUUUGAUGACCCUUCAGAAAAAAGGCAAGCAGUCAACGUGAUUAAAAUGGUCUUUUAUUUGUUUUUUCUUUUUAUAAAAACUUAUGAAGAAAAACUAGCAGUAAAUGCUGACAAUAAUAUUCCAGAACCAAAGAGAAUGAAAGGGAUGAAGUCAAAAGUCAACAAAAAUCUAAAACCUGAAGACCUUUGGGACUGGGGUGGUAAAAAGAAAUCCAUUUUUGUUGCGAUGUACCCGGUUUUAGAAGCAAGGAUAUCCUGCCUUUGGCCAGACACUGUUGCAGAUGUUCCUUUCGUCAAUAUGAUUGGCAAUUGUUGUUACAAGGCUUACGAAAAUCCAGAUAUAGCUCAGGCCAAAAUGAAACCGUUAGCAAAUUCAAUAGCGCACAUUUUAUCAAUCCUUGUCAUGCAUUAUAACUACGGGUUGACAUUCACCACCAAGGCAAUUCAGUUGAUAAAAUAUCAUGAGCACGUCGCCAGUGCGAUAUCUAGCACAAUUAUCACCAUGGUUACCGAAUACAAAUUAAUGACAGUCUUGCCAAAACUCCUUAAAGAGCUUGUCGACUCAGUCUCUGGAGGAGAGGGUGCAGGACUCGACAAGGCAAUAUCUACGUUGAUAACUGAUUUGGCAGAAAAUGAACCAGACCUGCUGAUCCCAUCUGUAAACAUUCUUUUAAAAAAUCUAACUGUGGAGCCAUAUGCUAUAAGAAAUGCCACAUUGGUCGCCUUUGCAGAAAUAAUUCUUUACAUCCAUGGAAAACAAUCAUCAGCGACAUCAGAGGAAAAAGAAAUGAAAAUGAAGCUGUUUGAAUUGCUUCACAACCACAUAAGAGAUCAGAACUCUUAUGUUAGAUCGAAGGUACUUCAACUCUGGGUAAAAUUAGCUGCACAACGUGCUGUGCCGAUGGAUGUCCUUCUACCUGUGUUGCAAACUACCAAGGGCAGGCUAAACGAUAAAAGUUGUUUUACUGUUAAAAACGCCAUCUUGUUCUUUACCACUGCUCUCAAGGAGAACCCGUAUGCAGGAAAACUCAAUAUUGUUGAAAUACAAAAUGAGCUAGUCAAAGAAAAAUUGGAGCUGCAAGCACUUUCGACAAAGUUGACCAUUUCUUUAGAAGAUGCAUGGAGAUUGUUAGAAGGCGAUCUAAUUCUAGCUUUAACAAAUCACUUUAACGAAAAUGAAGACGAGGAACUGACUGAACUUCCAUCGACACAAAGCGUUUCCGUCAAAGAUGUGAUGUUAAUAAUUAAAAGCCUAAUACAAGAGAAGCAUUUCGUCGAUGCGUACAAUCUUCUAAAACAAAGCGAGGUUCAAUUUCCAACGUCAAAAGAAAUAAGGUGCAAUUUAGAAACAGUAGAUAAAGUUGAAUAUUACAAAGUGACGUUUAAAAAAAUUUUCAUGAACACCAAUGACAAAUCUGAUACACUAACGGGCAUUAAUUUUUCCGAUGAAUAUGAAAAACAACAGUCUAUUGUUUCUUAUAAUGAGGAAACAUACAAAUUUACUCAUCUUAUUACUGAAGCUAGUAAAGAUAUUGAAAAGGUCUUAAAAGUAAAAAAUCAAAUUGAAAUGGUAGAGGCCAUCGAUUUUUUCACCACAGCUUUCCAGUUUGGCAUUGCUGAUUCCAGAAGAGUAGUGAGGUCAAUAUUGACUCUUGUCCAUUGCGAUGUUUCUGGUAUAAAGGAUGCAGUGACAAAUGCGUAUAAAACUCUUUAUCUUUACUCGAGUAAGCCAACACCCAAGAUGCAAGCAAUACAUGUUGCUCAAAGGCUUAUUAAGUUGAUAAAAGAGCUUGACAUGAUGCAAAAAUUAGCCCUGGGUGAACUUAUGUCACAGUGGAUGACAAACAACGAUUUAAACAAACAAUUCAUUCAAGUCUUGUGGGAAAAGUUUGCAGUGCAGGACAAUCAAAAUGUUGAUAACCGUAUUGCUGCUCUUAUGCUUCUCGACCUAAUGGCAAACCACAACAACUCCUUAGUUGCUUCAAAUAUUCCUGUACUCAUCGAAUUCGGCUUGUCUGAUGAAACUACCAACCUUGCUAUUGUUGAAUAUACGUGUUCAAUGAUUGGGAAAUACGGGCUAACGAAAAGCGAAGGAAAAUAUAUUAGAUUGUACUCGGACAACGCAAUUUUUGACAAGGCUGUCAAUUGCCUCGUGGCAAACUUUAACAAGUUUCCCUCCAAGGGUUACAUUCCGAUGUCCAUCGCUAUCAUAAAUAUGGUGUUCAAAUUGUGCUGUUAUCCUGAGAAGGUCACAGACAAAAUUUUGAUUUCCUUGUACAACAAAAUGUUUGAAAUGGACAACAAUAGUAAUUUAGGUACAAAUGAAUCACAAGAAAAUGAAGACAGGGUGAUAUAUAAUGAAAGUUUAUUGAAAAGAUUACUCCAUAUAUAUAGUGAAAUAAUAUUCAGGAAAUUUAUUUACUUGGAAAAAGAUGUUCUAACUUGCUUGAAGAAAUCAAAAACGACACAUGACAAUGACCACAAUUCUGAUUCCGAUGAUGAAGACGAAAAAUUAUAUAGGCAAGAUAAUGAAGAGGCUGCAGCUGAACAUAUUGUAUCUUCUACACAGCAGAUUUGUGAACAUUUGAUCAACGACAGCUCAACAUUAGAAUUCCACUUGAAAGAACUUGUAGUAAAAAUAUGUAAAAAUUUCAACUCUGAUACGGUGAAAAUAAGCAUUGACCUUCUUUCAUCUGCAACGGUGGCUUUGGCGAAACUGAUGAUGGUGUCUCAAAACUUCUGCAAACAGCAUAUUCAACUGUUCAUAACUAUGAUGACAAAGAGCAAACAUAAUGCGGUGCGUCAAAUUUUGGUCCUUGGCUUUGGUGACAUCUUGAUGCGAUAUCCAAACGUUGUCGAGCCAUGGUCACAACAUAUCUACUCCAGGCUGAAAGAUCCAUCGACGUCAGUAAGAAAAAAUGUUGUCAUUAUACUGAAACAUUUGAUUCAAAGGCAAAUGAUAAAAGCAAGAGGUCAGAUGUCAGAGCUGUGCCUUUGUCUUGAAGAUUCAGACACAUCCAUUGCAGAGAUGGUUCAGAGUCUGUUGAUCGAUCUUUCUCAACAAGGGAACUCCCUUUACAACAUUAUUCCAGAUAUAAUAUCAAGGCUUGUAAAUAGGGAAGAGCCUAUAGAAGACGAGGUCUUCAAGAGAAUCAUGAAGUUUAUAUUGAAAUUGAUAAGUAAAGAAAGACAAAGCGAGCAAAUUAUUGAGAAAAUUUGUAUAAGGAUGAGGGAAACUAAUGUCGAGAGUCAGUGGCGAAAUCUUGCAUUUUGUCUUAACCAGCUCAGCUUCAACGAGAAGAGUCUUAGAAAGCUUUGCGACAUCAUCCCACAUUUCAAAGAGAGGCUCAUGUGCAAAGAGGUGUACAACUCAAUAGUCGCCAUUUUCAACACGGCCAACAAAUCUGUGAACAAGCCGCAGCUGAAGGAAAUUGCCAAUGAAGGCCUGGAUCUAAUCGAUGAUCUCAUCACUUACAAAGAUGGCUCCAAGAAGAAAACACAAGCAGCAGACGAAGAUGCUGAUGGGAACGACAACGAAGAUGUGUUUUGUACACCUAGAAAACCCAUACCAUCUAUCACUCCAAGGAAAACAAGAACACGCAAUCCAAAAUCAGCCAAGAAAGCCAGAUGAUAGUAAAUAGGGAAAAGUCAAUAUUCGUAAAAUAUAUUGUAUUUUAUUAUAAAUUAAUUGCCUACAUAUGUUCUAAAAAAAUUUCUAAAUUAUACUAAGCAUUAAAUAAUUUAUUUCAUGUAUAUUAAAUAUUUUAAUGGAGCUGCAACACAAGAGAUAUCAGUCCCCAGUGUUCCAGGGUUUUUCCAUUGAAAACACCCUUUAGGAAGUACAUAGAGACCAAAUUCAGGGCAGCUGAGAUUCGAACCCAAGACUUUCUAAUGAUGAGUUACCGUGUCAAUGCCUUAACCAUUGCAGCUUCCGGCACUCUUUUUAAAUUUAUUUAACAGAAUAUUUUAUCGGUUAAAACAAAACAAAAAUGUUAAAUUCAUAUCAUUGCUUUCAAAAUUAUUACUUUCAUAUUUACUCUGCUGUUAAAUUUUGUUAUAUGUGUCAAACAUCUAUUUUGUGUGCAAUUUGGUAUUAAAUUACUACAAGACUACAAUUA